UGGCAUUUGUCAGUGUCACAAAAAUCUUGUUAGAAUUUUAUGAAAAACAUCAAGUUCAGGGUCGUUUCCGAAAAAUGUAGGAGUUCACAAAGAAAAGAAAAAUUGUGUUAUAUUUCAGUGCGCAAAUUCCAAAAGCAACCAAUUCAAAACCCUUUAAAUGUGUUUCAAUAUAGUAACCUAAUUCAUUGCUUACUAAAAUGUACAGCAGAACGAAAAUAUGUGGUGGCUGCACCAGUGGCAUAGUAUGCAGAUUUUUAAGUUCUGCUGAAGUAUCUACUGCUCUGCGACCAUUCUACUUUAGUGUUCAUCCUGACCUCUUUGGAAAAUAUCCUACACAAAGAAAAGUCAAUGAAAAUUCUCUGCAACAGCUGAGCGCACUUAUAGAAGCCCAACAAUCCAGUAAAAGAUUAACCGUACCAACAUUAUCAUUUUAUUUGAGACAAAAGAACAUGCCUGAUGGUGAAUUUAAACAUAUUAAAAUACAGUUAAACAGCAAUAAUGUAAGAGAAACAGUAGUGAAAAUUCUCAAUGCCUGUGAUAUAUCUACCACCUAUAUAGAUAAGAUACCUGACGCACCUAAAGUAUCUAGUAACUUUAGCAAAUCUGGUUUAGGCAGAAAUGCUGGUGGCAAAUAUGGGUUUUCCCGAACCUAUGAAGAAUAUGAAAAGGAAUUUGAUGUCAACAAAAUGAAGAGGAAAGUGGUUGAGAAGAAAGCAGCUGCAAAUAUUGUGGAAUGGGUAUUUGCAAACAGUAGAGAUGCAAAAAACAAAUACGAGUUAACAGCUGCAACACGAGAACAAGUCCAAUCUCUAAUAGACAACCUUUGCAAAACUCAUGGUAUUAAACAAGUGAAAUACGAUAGCGGUUGGAACAUGAGCCACAUUAGAGGAGCCUUGCAGAGUUUAGCUGCCCUGGCCUCACAGCAUCCUAAUAUUAUGCCCAAUUUAGAAGGUAGAACUAUUGCGCUCGGACAGUUUACGGGUGUCAGUCUUGAUGGCGAUGUUUUCCUGAAUAUUAUGGACGUUCGAAAUGAAUGGAUAUCGCUCAUAAAGAAAAUAAGUCAGGAAGAUAGUGCCUUGGUAAUGAUACCAAAUUAUGAGAAAGCUUUAUCUAGUAUACUAAGGAAUAUACAUAUAUGCCGUAGAAAAUUCAUGCCAAAAGUAUCUGCUCAUCAGUACUGCAGUCAUUUGAGGCAGCUGAUAACUUCCAUAGGAGAUUUCUAUGGCCGCGGUAACAAAUUUCCCGAAAAUGUGCCAGAAACUCUAGAGAAAUACGAAAUAGUUAUUGAACCUGAAGCUGGUCCGUUGAUGGUGUCACCCACGGGUCAGUUCAUCACUCCUUCGUCGUGCCCAGCAGAGCAACUUGUAGCUUUCAUCGCAAAGAAUUUAGACCAAGCUACUUUAUUGAUGACGGAAUACAGCAUUAAUAAGCAUGUUGAAAAGGCUCUGCAUAAAGAAGUGGUGCAGAGGUUUGGUUUGCUUGAACUUCAAAAGGACGACAGCAUCACACCCGCGUAUAUGAUUUCGUGCUGUCAAAGAUUGCUGACGCGAAGCGAGCAGUUGCAUGUGAAACUUCACGGGACAUGUCUCUACAUAACCCAUUACUACUCUGUUUUAUCAGAAGGGAAAUUAUGCAUACCGUGGAACUUUCAAUCAUGAGUUAGAAUUAUACCACAAUGCCUUAGCUAGAUAUUGUAAAUAUUGUGUAGAUAAUUUUAUUUUUAUAUUUUGUUUUAGAACAUAUUAUAUAACUGCUAUGAUCUUAGAUUGCUCGAAUUUAGUUGAAUGUAUAUUGAAAAAAAAGCGAAUGUUGAUGAUAAAUAUAUUUUUAUACACGCUAGUAAGUAUCAAUUGGCAAAAAAUAUAUACAAAAUUAUGAUUAGAAAUAGAUUAACAUUCAAAUUAUUUACACAUUGCAAGAUCUAAAAAAUGUGAUGAAAAGUAGUAUAGUGGAACUACAAUAAAAUUCAUAACUACACUAAUAAUAAUUCAUGUAACAACAACAUUAGGUAGUACAUAAAACACAUAAAGAAGAUAGAAUUGAAAACAGCAAAUAAAAUGAUGUACAAGUA